GCAUGCGGCCGCCGCGGCCGCUGCCUGCGCCCGAGCCCGCCGCCGCCGCCGCCGCCGCCGGAGCCCGCGCCUGCGCCCGGCCCGUGCGGCCCCAUGCCUCUGGCGCGGCCCUCGGGGGGGCGAAGGUGAAGACCGGCUCCUAGGAUGAGUGAAGGGGCGGCCGCUGCCUCGCCACCUGGAGCCGCUUCGGCAGCCGCCGCCUCGGCCGAGGAGGGCACCGCGGCGGCUGUGGCUGCGGCGGCGGCGGCGGCGGCGGCGGCGGGCGGGGGCCCGGACGGCGGCGGCGAAGGGGCGGCCGAGCCCCCCCGGGAGUUACGCUGUAGCGACUGCAUCGUGUGGAACCGGCAGCAGACGUGGCUGUGCGUGGUGCCUCUGUUCAUCGGCUUCAUCGGCCUGGGGCUCAGCCUCAUGCUGCUCAAAUGGAUCGUGGUGGGCUCCGUCAAGGAAUACGUGCCGACCGACCUGGUGGACUCCAAGGGGAUGGGCCAGGACCCCUUCUUCCUCUCCAAGCCCAGCUCCUUCCCCAAGGCCAUGGAGACCACCACCACGACCACUUCCACCACGUCUCCAGCCACCUCCGCCGGCAGCGCCGCCUCUUCCAGGACGCCCAACCGGAUUAGCACCCGGCUGACCACCAUCACGCGGGCGCCCACUCGCUUCCCCGGGCAGCGGGUGCCCAUCCGGGCCAGCCCGCGCUCCACCACGGCACGGAACACUGCGGCCCCCUCGACGGUCUUGUCCACGACAGCCCCUUUCUUCGGUAGCAGCACUCCGGGCUCCCGACCCCCGGUGCCAGGAACCCCCAGUACCCCGGCCAUGCCCUCCUGGCCCACUGCGGCAUACGCUACCUCCUCCUACCUUCAUGAUUCGACUCCCUCCUGGACCCUGUCUCCCUUUCAGGAUGCUGCCUCCUCCUCUUCCUCCUCCUCGUCUUCCUCCUCUACCACCACCACGCCAGAAACUAGCACCAGCCCCAAAUUUCAUACGACGACAUAUUCCACUGAGCGGUCUGAGCACUUCAAACCCUGCCGAGACAAGGACCUUGCCUACUGUCUCAAUGAUGGCGAGUGCUUUGUGAUUGAAACCUUGACUGGAUCCCAUAAACACUGUCGGUGCAAAGAAGGCUACCAAGGAGUCCGUUGUGAUCAAUUUCUGCCGAAAACUGAUUCCAUCUUAUCGGAUCCAACAGACCACUUGGGGAUUGAAUUCAUGGAGAGUGAAGAAGUUUAUCAGAGGCAGGUGCUGUCAAUUUCAUGUAUCAUCUUUGGAAUUGUCAUCGUGGGCAUGUUCUGUGCAGCAUUCUACUUCAAAAGCAAGAAACAAGCUAAACAAAUUCAAGAGCAACUGAAGGAGCCACAUCACGGUAAAAACUACAGUCUCAAAGCAUCCAGCACAAUGGCAAAGUCAGAGAACUUGGUGAAGAAUCAUGUCCAGCUGCAAAACUAUUCAAAGGCGGAAAGGCAUCCCGUGACUGCAUUGGAGAAAAUGAUGGAGUCAAGUUUUGCCGGCCCCCAAUCAUUCCCAGAGGUCCCUUCUCCCAACAGAGGAAGCCAAUCUGUCAAACACCACAGCAGGACUCUCUCCUCUUGCUGCAGCCCAGGGCAAAGGAGUGGUAUGCUCCAUAGGAAUGCCUUCAGAAGGACACCCCCCUCACCCCGAAGUAGGUUGGGCGGAAUCGUGGGACCAGCAUAUCAGCAACUCGAGGAAUCAAGGGUCCCAGACCAGGAUACGAUACCUUGCCAAGGGAUAGAGGUCAGGAAGACUAUAUCCCACCUGCCUAUACAGCUGUGGUGUGUUGAAAGAUCCCUGGACUUAAAGUAUUCGUCCAGUGGUUUAACAACCCAACAAAAUGCAUCAAUAAAUAUGCAACUGCCUUCGAGAGAGACAAACUCCUAUUUUAAUAGCUUGGAUCAAACGGACCUGAUGGGAUAUUCAUCCCCAAGGGCCAGUUCCGUGCCCAUCAUCCCCUCAGUGGGUCUAGAGGAAACCUGCAUGCAAAUGCCAGGGAUUUCUGAAGUCAAAAGCAUCAAAUGGUGCAAAAACUCCUACUCUGCUGAUAUUGUCAAUGUGAGUAUUCCAGUCAGCGAUUGUCUUAUAGCAGAACAGCAAGAAGUGAAAAUACUGCUAGAAACUGUCCAGGAGCAGAUCCGAAUUCUGACUGGUGCCAGGCGGUCAGAAGACUACGAACUGGCCAGCGUAGAAACCGAGGACAGUACGAGUGAAAACACAGCCUUUCUCCCCCUGAGUUCCACAGCCAAAUCAGAACGAGAGGCCCGAUUUGUCUUAAGAAAUGAAAUACAAAGAGACCCUGCAUUGACCAAGUGACCUGAGAUGUAAGAAUCUGUGCAUUCUAUGCUUUGCUCAACAGGAAAGAGAGGAGAUUAAAUACAAAUGAUUUAUAUGCAUUAAUUUAAGAGCAUCUACUUAGAAGAAACCAAAUAGUCUAUCACCCUCAUAGUGUUUUUUAACAAAAUAUUUUUUUAAAGGGAAAGAAACGUUUCAGGAGGGAUAAAGCUUACCACUAAAGCUUUUGGGUAGAAUUUUGAAUACAAUUUCAUUUAGUCCCAACACUCUCCUCUUUGGCUCUCAGUAGACGUGGGCGAUUCAGACUCUCAGCCCCACAGUGCCGGUGACCUCAUGAAAAAGUGCUGGCAGUUACCCGGUUUCAAAGAGAAGAGACGUAUCCCAAGGGUGGGCAUGCCAGUGAGCAGGUGGCCCUUGCCAUUUGGCUUGCCAAUCCCUAAAUUUCUAUUCACUCGACAGCCUCAUCACAGGUUAUGUCACGUCAACAAAUGUAGUGUUUUCUAUUUACUUUUUGAAGAAUGGCACAAAGACUCUGGAAGGAGAGGGACAGGAGACAGAGGGAGUCAUGGGGCAAUCUUAGCCACUCUUACGUGCCAGCUUCCUCUGAAAUUUGAAGGCACAGAAUCUCAGAGGGAGGUAAGAAAUUAUUGCAGAAAAAGAGACAAAAAACAUCACACUGUCGUGUCACUAAAAUCAUGCUAAUAGCUAAUAGAAAUGUUUUCGUUUGAGAUCGUUUAGGGGCUCCAAAGGAGCACUUCUCAGUGUGUGUGCCUGUGUGUCUGGGCUUGCUCACUCGAGCACCGGUAUGCUGUAUGCACAUAUGUUCAUCGUGCGUAUGUGUGUGCAUGUGUGUGCGUUAAGCUUGCUAAAAUUUGUUCUGAAACAUCAGGGAAUCUAAUAUUCAGAAAAAAUUUCCCUCUUAGAUCUGUUCGCUUUAAAUUUUUCCAUUAAGUAUAAAGUUCAGUUAGUAAAUCAAGGUCACGUGCAUGGUGGGGUCCUAUAAAACUCUUGACAAUGUCUAGACUAUUUUCUGAUGUGAAUAUUUUUGAGAGGAACAGCUAUUGGCUCAUUAAUGAUAUCAGUAUCACAAGGCGAGUUGGGGAUGUGUAUUUUGAAUCAUGCGUACUUAAAUUAUUUAUACAAGCCAAUGAUCAAAUUGAUAGUUAGUUACCCUUUGUUUUCUCAUCUUCCUCAUUACUUUUUGUAGCAAGUCUACUACGCGUGGACCAAGACAUUGGCUUCUGUGGUUAAUAUGGAAAGAAUAAAUUGUUGAAAUUACAAAACCCAGCCUAUUCAGUUCACAGGAAGCCCCCCAAAGAACAGUAAAUUGUGUUGUAUGUUCAUUUGGAAUAAAGCAAUAUUUUUACCACUGCUAAGGUGAACUGAAACUUCUAAAGAUUUGUCUGUUUUAUUUAGCCUUACUUUCACGGGGCAUUCAAGGACAUUAGUGUUCACAUAACCAGUCUUUUUCCAAUUAUUGGUGGUGUUGAGUUGUUAUGUUUGCACUGUUUUAAAUAAAAAGGCAUAGUAUUUGAAAGUAUAUAAAAGAUUUCUUUUACUGAAGUUUGGGAAAACC